AUGAUCGGAGCCCUCGCCAAGUUGUACCAGCGCCAGGUCGGCAAGAGCCUGCGCCAGCUCGGCCUGCGCUACGACGACGCGCUCGUCGAGGUCGCCGAGGUCAACAAGGCUGUCUCGUGGCUCGGCAAGGAAGAGAAGGUCGCGCGCCAGCGCCGCCUCGUCCGUGCGUCCGACUUGAGCUUCAAGCGCGCGUACCUCCCGGAGGACAUCCAGGCCAUCCAGGAGCCGAUGAACUUUUAUUUGGACGACAAGGUCGAGGAAGUCCGCAAGUUGGGCGAUGAGCGCAACAAGUUGACCAAGUGGUAG